UUUUUGACAGUUAUAUGCUCUUUAGUUUUUUUACGCUGGCCCGGCCAGUCCAGCACCAACCGCUAGGCGUGGCCUAUGGAAGAAUCAUCAGACGAUUCGGAGCCGACCCCCCUCGGCCUCGCUUCCCCGCCCUCAACAGCCGAUCACUCCGACCCUCCUCAGCGUCGGCGAAUCUGUGGCGGCUGCGACAGGCCAACUACCGUCUGCCUCUGCUCCUUCGUCCCUUCCGAACCCAUCUUUACCUAUACGAAAAUCCUCAUCCUCCAUCACCCCCACGAGUCCCGCCACAAGCUCUCCACUGUCCCCCUCAUCUCCAAGUGCCUCAGCUGCUCCCAAACCCUAAUCGGCCGCCGCCUCUGCCUUGGCUCCUCUCCACUCCUCGACUCUCUCUACGGCUCCUCUCUCCAAAACCCUAGCCAAUCGCCUCACGCCAUCUUUCUCUUCCCCGGUACCCCAACCUCCUCCGCGCUCCCCAUCGCGGAAAUAGAACUGUCGAAUAUGAUUACUCAGCCUUUGAGCGGUCCCGUCUUGAUCCUGUUCGACGGGACGUGGAAGCACGCAAAGGAGAUGGUGACCGCGAGCGAGCCAUUUCUAUCUAAGUUUGCGAUCAGGGUUUCUUUGGAGUGCGACGAAAGUGUCGAAGGAGGGAGCAUAUACGACUCCGAUUUGAUUCUCAGGAAGGAGCCCUUCGGCGGGUGCAUGAGUACGAUGGAGGCCGUCGCACGUGCCUUGCGCGUGCUCGAGCCCGGGGGUGCCGGCAUCGAGCUCGAGCGACGCUUGAUCGAGGUACUGAGAGCCAUGGUGAGGUUUCAAGCUUGUAAUUUGAAACCAGUGAAGCCGAGGCCGAAGAUGUUGAAGAAAAGUAAGAGGAGUGAGAAGUCUGAAUUGCCACCGUUGCUGGAUGGCAGAGCAAGCCCCAGGUUUGGAAUCUGAAGGACAAACAUACAGAGUUUCAACCAGUUCUUAGUGCUGGUAGUCAUCCUAAUGCUACCAUGUGGUACUUGUCACAAUCACCAGUGUUCUGCAUAAGGGUGUGCAACCAUUGCGGUAGCAGUGCUAAUAUGCCGAUUUGUAAGUCAUUAAUUGUUCUCUGUUUUGGAGAAUAGGUUUGUUGGUUACACCAGAAGAGUUUCUAAAAAGUUGUGUUUUAAGGGGCAAUUUUUUGGGUAGCCUCGAUGUCUGCUUUGUCUUAAAAGUACUUGAUGAAGAAGCCAUUUUCCUACUCUGCCAGAGGCAUAAUUUAGGAAUCAUGUCCUGCAUCUUGCUUUCUUCAGUGAUGUGACUGUGUGCACUAAAAUCUAGCUUUUCUAACUGGGAGAACAGCUUCAUGCCUUUUCAUACUGUUACUUUAAGGUGGGAGUCUGCCCAAAACUUUCCUUUACAUGCUUUGGUCACAUUGUAUUUCACCAAUGAAACGCUACAUAUUGUGAAUGAAUUUGGCGCUGAGAUAGUAUUUUGUAUGUUUCCAAACAUGUUGGCAACAGAGCUACCCACUUGCUUGAGAAAAUGGAACGUGAUUUCUUGAAUUUGGUUUGUGAAACUGUCAAAUGCAACUCCAUUCAUAUGCAGUGAAGGCAGAGACAGCAAAGUUUUGUUGCUGUGGAAUAUAGUUUAUGGCUUGUCAGCAGCUGGGUAGUCGGAGCAAGUCAUUUGGAUGUUCUUGCAGGUGCAAUUUGAAAACGUGAGACUUAAAUAACCAAUCUACUUGCAUUGAGAACCUGCACUUCUUUGGAAGCUGUGGUUCUAGGUGAACAGACGCACAUGUAGUCAUGUAGCAUGCCCGCCAGAUGUUAUCAUGCCCAUAAAACUGGAUAGUGGAUACAGCUCAACUUCUCAGUAGACUGUCAUCAAAGGAUGCUUCUUGGAUGGCUAUCACAGUAAAGCUCUUGCAAAGCAUCGUAUGUUUGUUGAACCUAAAACUCUGAGUCGGUGCCUCAGCUGCAAUCUGAUUCUAGUGUGGCAAAAGUGCUGGGAUGCAGAGAAUGGAUCGUGUUCAAACCUGUCUUUGGUUAGUCAAGUCUGGAUUGUAAAAACACAACUGUCAAUCCUUUUGGAAACAGAGAUUGUUGGUUAAUUUAUCUGUAUGCAUUUAUUCAUUAUUCUACCAUGUAAGUGAGAAUUAUUAUUCCUUGAUUGAAGAAAUACAGGUAUCACAAUUGGAAUUGAAAAUC